AUGAAGACCACUGGUGUUAUCCUCAUGCUUCUCAUGGUGGCGUUUCUCUGUGGCCCCACAAAGGCCGCCAGUCUUUCUUCAGGAAAGGUGGACUGCAGCAUGUAUAAGAAGUACCCGGUAAAUGCCAUUCCCUGCCCCAUCACUUAUUUUCCAGUGUGUGGCAACAAUUAUAUCACCUAUGGAAAUGAAUGCCACCUCUGCUCGGAAAGCUUGAAAAGUAAGGGAAAAAUUCAAUUUCUGCACGAUGGUAAUUGCUGA